AUGAUUGAAUCCGUUGGUACCAAAUUUUUCAAAUCGAUCACUGAAACAGCUGACGAUCUUGAAGAUGCCGAUACAUUGGCUUUAGAAUUUAUAUCGUUAUCAAGUUAUAUCAAAAUUGUACUUUUUAUGCUAAUCAUACUUCUUCUAUUGAUCAUUUUCAAGUACUUAACGCUUGGAACACUGUUUUUGAAAAAUUGUUGGCUGCGACGUCAUACUGAGUUGUCAAAAAUGCAGUUCUUGAUUCUCGCAGCUCCAAUGAAAACGGAAAUGGAAUCCACAACUUCCAAAAUGGAGUACGAUAGCUUGACAGCUAUCGUUCAACUCCAAACUAUUAUCUCUGAUGGACAGUUCCUGUUGAAACCCCUAAAAGGAGUGGACAGUACAAAUAGUUAG